CGUGCAGCGGGGCGGGCGGGGCGGGGCGGGGCGGUCCGGGGCGGGGCGGUGGCGGGGGUAGGUACCGGGGCGGCCGCCCGCCGCCCCAUCAGCAUCGACGCCGGGACUGAGAGCGGAGCAUGGCGCCGCCGGGCCCGGAGGGCGGCCGAGCGGCCGCCACGGCUCCCGGUAAGAAGAUCACGGCGCGGCUGAAGCGGACGCUGCCGGUGCGGGGCCCGCAGGCGCCCACGCUGAGCGAGCUGAUGCGCUGGUACUGCCUCAACACCAACACGCACGGCUGCCGCCGCAUCGUGGUGUCCCGCGGCCGCCUGCGCCGCCUGCUCUGGAUCCUGCUGACCCUCAGCGCCGUGGGGCUCAUCCUCUGGCAGUGUGCGGAGCUCCUCAUGAACUACUACAGCGCCUCGGUCUCCGUCACCGUGCAGUUCCAGAAGCUGCCGUUCCCCGCCGUCACCAUCUGCAACAUCAACCCCUACAAGUACAGUGCCAUGAAAGAAUAUUUAUCUGAAUUGGACAAAGAGACAAAAAAAGCUUUGGAAACUUUCUAUGGAUUUUCUGAGGGCAAGUCCAAGGUGCGCCGGUCAGUGGGUGACUGGAACAGCACAGGGAGCGACUUCUUCCAACAGAUCCCUCUGCUGAAGGUCGAGGACUUCUCCAGGACAGCGACUGACCUGCACAGCGGGCAGAAGAGGAAAAUAGAGGGGAGUGUCUUUCACAAGGACUCGUCCAUCGUGAACUCGGGCGAUUCCAAUGACAUCAUUGGCUUUCAGCUGUGUGAUGCGAACAACAGCAGUGACUGUGCUCUGUACACAUUCAGUUCGGGUGUUAACGCUAUCCAGGAGUGGUACAAGCUGCAUUACAUGAACAUCAUGGCACAAAUUCCCCUGGAGACUAAAGAAAAAUUGAGCUAUUCAGCUGAUGACCUUCUACUGACAUGUUUCUUUGAUGGCCUAUCUUGUGACAAAAGGCACUUCAGUCGUUUCCAUCACCCCCUCCACGGCAACUGCUACACCUUCAACAGCGGCGAGAACGGGACCAUCCUGAGCACCUCCACGGGCGGCAGCGAGUACGGAUUGCAGGUGGUUCUGUACAUUGACGAGGCAGACUACAACCCCUUCCUGGUGACGUCCACAGGAGCCAAGAUCAUCGUCCACGACCAAAACGAGUAUCCCUUCAUUGAAGACAUCGGCACGGAAAUCGAGACUGCAGCGGCCACCUCCAUCGGGAUGCACUUUACUCGGUCUCGCAAGCUGAGCAAACCCUACAGUGACUGCACAGAGACAGGAGCUGACAUACCCGUGGAAAAUCUCUAUAACAAGAGCUACUCGCUCCAGAUCUGCCUGCACUCCUGCUUCCAGAAGGCCAUGGUGGACUCGUGUGGCUGUGCCCAGUACGCACAGCCCUUACCCGCUGGGGCCGAGUACUGCAACUACAAGAAGAACCCAAACUGGAUGUACUGCUACUACAGACUGCACGAAAAGUUUGUGAAGGAGCAGCUGGGCUGCCAGCAGAUCUGCAAAGAUGCCUGCAGCUUCAAGGAGUGGGCGCUCACCACCAGCAUUGCUCAGUGGCCAUCCACCGUGUCAGAGGACUGGAUGCUCCGAGUUCUCUCUUGGGACAAAGGGCAAAAACUCAACAAGAAGCUGAACAAGACAGACCUUGCCAACCUCAUGGUGUUUUACAAGGACCUGAAUGAGAGAUUCAUUUCGGAGAAUCCUGCCAACACGCUCGUCAUUCUCCUGUCCAACUUCGGGGGCCAGCUGGGGCUGUGGAUGAGCUGCUCGGUGGUGUGUGUCAUCGAGAUCGUGGAGGUGUUCUUCAUCGACUCGCUGUCCAUCGUGCUGCGGCGCCAGUGGCAGAGGGCCAAGAAGUGGUGGCACGGCCGCCAGCGGGGCGGCGCGGGGCGGGCGCCGCCGGGCAGCGACCUGGAGGGGCAGGGCCACCACAACCCCGCCUGCACGGACGAGGACCUGCCCACCUUCACCACGGCCCUGCGCCUGCCGCUGCCCCAGGACAGCCCCCUGCCCAGGACUCCCCCCCCCAACUACAGCACUUUGCGCCUGGAGUCGGCCUUCAGCGAGCAGCUGCCGGACACGCUGGAGCGGGGCCAGCACUGACGCGGGCACCCACCCACGUGUGCGGGGCAAAAGGCACAGAGCGGACGUGCACUGAAGGGCUGUCAGGUCAGACCCUUACUCAGGGAUUGAACUGGCAGUCAAAGCUGCCCUGAGCAAAGCUCAGACACAAAAGCCAAGGACUCAGAGACAUUAGGAGCUUCAAGCAACAUCAGUUCUCGAGUUAAUGAUGGCAGGAGAUGGCUGGAGCAGGAUGUGGUACUAAGCUGGGAUGUCUCACCAGGCAAAGGCACGCAUUAGCCACCAGCUGCACACACCCCAUUGCAUGUGGGCAGGAAUUGCUCCACAGCAGCAGAUUGAUGCCACAUUGAGCAUUAACACUAAUUGCUCUCUGCUGUGUGGCUGGACUUGUGGGAAAAACCCCAGGCUGUCACGAAUCCAGGAGGGCAUGUGUAGGAAGGGCAUGACAGGGGCUUAGGUGAAGGACAAAAGAGCAUAAAAGGAAAGCUCUCGCUUGAAUUUUCAGUAGAAGCCUCAUUCCAAUGGUGGCCUGAGGAGCUCUUUCUUGUGAGAUGAAAAGCCAGGACAACCAGAAAUGUGCUUGUAGAACAAGUUACUACACGGCUAGGGUAGGAAAGCUGGAGUCAUCCCCAAAGAAUCAUCUGAAAGGGCAUGAAAUCCAAUUUGGAGCACAGUAAUGAAGUGCAUCCUCUGCAAGCUUGUUCCAUUCCACAUCACUCAGGCAGCCCUUAAACAUAACUUCCAAGGAGCUCAUUAAAUGACUUCCCAGAAGCCUCACAGGGAGUUAGCUAGCUGCUCUUUUCUGCUCAACCCCAGGCAAGGACUUUUCCUGCAGCCACCCAGUUCCCCACCUGCCUUCCCUGGCACUGGCAAUGCCUGGAGGAUGUGUCUCCCCACCUGUACCUCAUCCACAGAGCAGUGUCAGCACCCACGUUUUACCUCCUGUGCAGCUCCCCCACGGGCCAGGGGCUGCUGUGUGUGCCCACACAGCCAGGGGUGCUCCUGGGGGCAGCUGGGGCUGGCAACACCCUCCCUGCCUGCCCCCAGCACCCUGGGGAGGGGAUGAGCAGAGCCCUCUCCACUGGCUGCUGGGGUCUGUGGAGCCAGAGCAGUGCAGAGCAUGUGAAGGGUGUCUGAGUGGUCUCACCUUUCCUUUCUCUAUGCUUAUUUUAUAGAGGACGGUGAGAAUCCAGAAAGGUUCUUUAAUGUGCAAUAAAACCUAUUUUAAUUGAAUUAUUUAAAUAGAUGAUAAACUGAAAAAAUAAAGAUAUAUUUUUGAGUAA